CCUUAAUCUCUCCGCGUUUUCUUCUUCUUCUUCUUCUUCUUCUUCGCCUCGACUGCUUGCUUUAUCCACUGAGACAAAAAAUUUGAAUUUGCACAACAUCCUCGAAGUUUCCUCCUUUCCUCUUCCUGAUCAGAUAUAGCGUAAAACCCAGAUCACAAAAAUCCCGGAAAAAACUAUACCUAACGUAGAUCUUUGUCCUUAAUCCAUCUCUCUCUCGCUUUCUAAUUGCGUCUACGAUUCUUCUUUCGCCCCUUCAAGGUACGCUCUUGUCGAUUGCGUUUCAAUCACUCUCAGAUUCAACAACAACAACAACCACCCCACUUAGCUCAAAAGUCUAAAUCCUUGUGGAUUUAGGGUUUCCUUAAAGCUCCGAUCUUUAUCUCUUCUGGGGGCAAUUUCAGAUCCUUCUUAAGCUCCUCCGUAAUGGCGGCGGAUUUGCUACCUGUUUACCUCAUUAUAUUGGCGUUUCUAUGCACUGUCGGAGCCAUUGCUCUGGCCUUGUUCCAUAUCUACAAACACCUCUUGAACUACACUGAACCCAUUUAUCAGAGAUAUAUUGUUCGCAUUGUCUUCAUGGUCCCGGUCUAUGCCUUGAUGUCAUUCUUGGCUCUCGUCUUGCCCAAAACCUCCAUUUAUUUUAACUCUAUCCGAGAAGUUUACGAAGCGUGGGUGAUUUACAACUUUCUAUCGUUGUGCUUGGCUUGGGUUGGAGGCCCAGGUUCAGUUGUUAUAAGUUUAACUGGCCGCUCUUUGAAGCCAUCAUGGCAUCUCAUGACUUGUUGCUUCCCACCUCUACCACUAGACGGGCGUUUUAUUCGACGGUGCAAGCAAGGUUGUCUGCAGUUUGUAAUUCUUAAGCCAAUCCUAGUCGCUGUCACACUCGUGCUUUAUGCAAAAGGGAAAUACAAGGAUGGAAAUUUUAGCCCCAAUCAAUCCUAUCUCUAUCUUACCAUCAUCUAUACCAUAUCAUACACAGUAGCUUUGUAUGCGCUGGUCCUCUUUUAUGUGGCUUGCAAAGAUCUCCUAAAGCCGUUCAACCCAGUCCCCAAGUUUGUGAUUAUUAAGUCUGUUGUCUUUCUAACCUAUUGGCAGGGUGUUCUGGUUUUUCUGUUUGCUAAAUCUGGAUUUAUAAGGGAUGAAGAAGAGGCAGCGCUCUUUCAGAAUUUUAUAAUAUGUGUGGAGAUGCUUAUUGCUGCAGCUGCACAUUUCUAUGCAUUUCCGUACAAGGAAUAUGAAGGUGCCAAUGUUGGAGGAGCUCACAGUUUCUCAGCUAGUCUAGCUCAUGCUGUUCAACUAAAUGAUUUCUACCAUGAUACUGUUCACCAGUUUGCACCUGCGUAUCACGAUUAUGUGCUCUACAACCAUAACGAUGGUGGUGAGGAAGGGACGACCAAGUAUCGAGUACGAACAUUUGUGCCAACUGGUCAAGAAAUGGAUGCUGUCAGAAAGAACAAACACAUGUUUGGACACAAGAUAGAGGGUGUUUCGCCCUCCAGUCACUCUUCCUCUGGAACUAGCACACCGAAAGCUUCGGGUGCAGCUUCUGAUCGUGCACGCCCUGAGACCAUGAAAUCUUCUUUGUUGGUGGACGCUUCGGACUCUGCUUCCACGAUGUAUGACAUGUCGCUCAUGGACAUCGAUAUAUCGAGCUACCCAAGUAAAGUACCUUCUGCAAAUGUAAGUGGAGGACCUAGAUAGUGAGGAGGGAGAUUAUGCACCGUUAACAGUAACAACAGUGUUUAGAUUCAGGAGUCUCUCUCAAGUGUGUUGUUAUAACAUGAAAAUGUUAAUUGGAGAUGGAGAUUUUAACUUGUUCUUCUGAUGAAGUCAUCCACUGGUCGUCACAGCUUAGUUCUUGUUUGUUACUAACUUCGCUAUCUUUUCGUUUUGUAGAUAUAAAAUGAUUACACAAUCUCAAAAGUUGUGAGACAUUUGGUGUGCAAUUAGAAAGAGUUAGAUAAUGUUUGGAGCUGUUAGGCCAUCUCUUUUUUUAUGUUUCUUUCAUACUGCAAAUAAUAUUAUCGACUUUUUGUUU